AUGUCUCUAGAGGAAUUUACAUUCGAUGAGCAGCAUGCGGUGCCUGCAUUCUACGCAGACCUUGAGGUCCUGGACGACCCGGCGGUACCUUACGAGGAUAAGAAGUGGAUGUUCGAUGUCAUUUUGAUGCCGUACAGGUACCACGAUGGACCACGCAUGUUCCCCGACAUUAACUUCUACAUCACGCUGUUGUAUAACCGCCCUAACAAUAGCGAGAUCUGGGGGCUCGUCUGCCGGUUUCAUGAAUGGAUUUCCAUGAUGGCAGCGCUUCACCCAGACGAGGCAGACCAGGCUAUCGAGGCCUUAGAGCUUCGCGCGGUGUCCCACGGCUGGCCCGGGCCUCAAGUGACGCUGUCGGAGACAUCACCGAUCGAGCAAGGUUGGAAUGCGCCAGAGCAGAUGGUAACACCGGAACCUUCCGUCAAUUCAAACCCUUCUUUUGUCUCCAAGAGAAAGCGAGCGAAGUCGAGCAACUCAUAUCAGACGGAGCAUCAACACCCGCUACUCAAGACGGAGCUUGUCGCGGCCCCGACCUUUCGAUACAAAGGCCUCGUGCAGAACAUGGACCAUUUCACAAAGCUUUACGAUGCUUACGAACGGCAUAUCAAGCGUGACGCGGGUGCAGCUCCUAACGUUGAUGCUUCCUGGCCAUCGUCAGCGGAACAGCAGCGGGCAUCUGUCGAACGGCUUGUAGGUCACGUUACAGACUUGUCCAACUUCUAUGAAUUGCGCAAGGCCCGUGAGCGCCUCGCAAAGCUCGAGGCUGGCCGACGAGGUCAGGAUCAAUUUGAAGCCGCUGAAAGACCCUCCAGGAAGCGGAGUAGGGAUGCUGAAGGAGAAGGCGCUGAUUUCGAUCAACCUAUUCGACCCAAGGGAAUCAGCAAGACAGACUGGGCCCUGAUGGACGCCGAAAGCACGCCAGUCGAACUACUUGAUGCGGUAAUUCACUAUCGGAUUUCUGAUAUUGAGAUCGAGCUUCUUUGUUGGAGACUGCUGCUUUGUUCUAAGCGUGCUGCGAUGGAAACGCAACUCGGGUUCACCUUGAGGCCGCUCUGGUCUGGCACAAAAACCGUCUCCACAUGGGAACAUUUCGAUACCUUCGCCGAGAGAUGGCAGGCUAUUUGUGAGAAUGUGCUCGAUUGCAAGAUAAUUGUUCAUUCUCUCACUCGAGCCGACUGGGUCUGCAAGUACGCUGGCGCUCCUACGAAGGAACGAGGUGCAAAGCUAAGCAACGACUUACUCAAUGGCCGUCGCGAUAUCCAGAACCAGGUGGGCCGCGACGUCAUCAAAGAAAAAACAUCACGUCAGGACUGGACAACCUCAGAAGACUUCGAAAUUCGCAACAAAGAAGGCGAGUUGGUUUUGAAAGGAGGUCAUUUGGGGGACAAGAGGCGUCGCCAGCUCGCAUUCCGAAGCCAGCAAAGCAGUGAAAGCUGA